GCAUGUAUCGCUGUAGGGGUAACGGACCCAAAGAAGAUACCAGAUUCCAGAAUGACGGCAAGCACAGUUUACAGUUCGGGUUAUCAAGCGUACUACGGAAGGGUGAAUACAACAAGGGGAACCCGAUGGUGUCCAAAGACCACUAGUAAUAGGACAGACUAUCUUCAAGUUGAUAUGGGUGCCGUGCAUACUGUUUGUAAAGUGGCCACGCAAACGUUAAACACUGGCGAGUAUACCAAAACGUAUUACGUACGAGUUUCAGUGGAUGGAGUAACCUGGAACAACACGUACCAGGAGAACAAAGCAGAAAAGGUAAACUAAAACUUAGUUUUACCUUCUCCUUCCCAUAAGCUUACGUAGAAAAAAAAAAAAAAAAAACGUUCUCGGUAUUUUUUGCCCUUUCAGAGGCAAGUUAGAAGAGCAAACCAUCUGGAUUUCUUACUAGGGAGCUUCGUUAACCAAGAGACCUUUCCCGUUAUGUAACAUCAUUCUGUUGCCUAAGUUUGAGGCAAAACAUGAAUAGUAAUCAAAAGAGAACAGGGAAACUUGACUACUAUGGUAUCAGAGGUGUUGUUUUUAUUUACAUUGUAAUGGUGUUAUUACCCCAGACAUUUAGUCAUUGUCCUGUGGUAUGUUACAAGUGUCAGCUAAUUUACAGAAAAUUGCCCAUACAAGUUAAGUUAUUUAUAAAAAAAAUAAUAAUAAUAAUAAAAAUAAUAAUAAAAAAAAAGAGUCACACGUUAACCCAGGAAACUUCUAAUGUAUACUGUUUCAAACUAAUGAGUAUAAAGCGCGUUACCUUAGUUUUCCUAAUUUGUCCUUUUCAUAUAAUAAUAAUAUUUGCAAUUGAGCGAACAGCCACUUAUAAAGUGACUUGCGCUAGUAGUUUACAUUUUGUAGUUUGAAUGCAUAGAGAGUCGUUUCUAUGGCGUUAGAAGUACGCAGAUAAGGUCUGUAAUAAAACAUUCUUAAUGCAGAUUUCGCAUUUUCGUCCUGGUUUAUUCCAUAUCUUCUUCUCAUGCAUUUUCCUGUGUUGAGCCUUAAAGUUUUAUUUCACGCUAUGUUUUUUCCGCGUCCUCGAGUCAACUUCAAUUGGUAAUAAACUUUUAUUUGACACUUUGUUCGACCUUGAGGGAACUUAAAUUGGUAAAUAAUAAACUUGUUGCAAAAGACUAAGUAGGUUUCGCCAGUCUUUUAGUGGCUACACUAUGAAAGACUUUUUUUUUUUCAUUUGCAGGUUUUCCAAGCAAGUACCGUUUUCAAAAGUGUCUUGCGAGAGAAAAUCAGUCCAGUGGUGAAAGCGAGAUUUGUCAGAUUUUUUCCUAUUACAUAUUAUGGUUGGCCUUGUUUAACAGUUGAAAUAUAUGUCCUCACACGUAUGUUUCUUUCGUUGUAAAUAUAAACUUUUACUUCCAAUAUUUACUUUUUGAAUUAACGCUCAAAAGUGAUUUAAACUUUUGACUCAAGUACAAUAUAAAAUUUACGUAAAUUAAUACACAAUGAUCAUAAUUAAUGAAAUUGGGCGUAAAGAAUGCAUGAAGAAUGUGGCAUUAAGAAGAAUUUAGGUUAGAUUAUUGUGAGGUAAUUAUCACAUUUGUGUUCUUAAAUCAUAUAGAAUCUUUAGGACUUUUAACAAAACAAAAAGCCAGGUUCUUAUCUCCCUGAUCAUGAAUUAGUCUUUUCUAACCUUGGUACAUCUUUGUAAUACAUUCACUGAGCUGCUGUGCUUUGCCUUUUUAUCGUUUGGAAAAAAUACCGCAAUUAUUGAAGAAUUAUAAUUAGUCUUCAGAUGCCGCCCUACGCCCAUUUUCUGCCUCUUUUGGUUAUAUUCUGUUGAUCGAAUUUACAUUUUAUUUCAAAACGCAAGUAAAAUAAGUUAUAAACAUGAUAUUUUAUUAAUAUUAUUAUUUUUUAGGGUUUCGUAAUAAUUCUCUUAUUUUUUUUUGUUAUUAUUUUUUGUACCGAUAUCUCGCUCAAUACUGUUCAAUACUAUGCUUUCUUUUUAAAGCGUGCGAUAGCAACCCAUGUCUCAAUGGAGGAACCUGCCAUGAAGGGGAAAGUGGACAAGGGUACACUUGUGAAUGUAGUAGUGGCUGGAAGGGACAAAGAUGCGAAGAAGAGUCGGUCGCAGGUGUUCACUUUAUUUUGAAACGUUUGUGAAUGUAAAUGUAUGACGUGAAAGAAACAGAUUCCUAAAACCUCCAGCAAUUAAUCUCCACAGACAUCACUCUAAAUUAGUCUUUUUUUCAAACUAUCAUACCUGAGUGAGUUGCUUUUAUUUUCGGAGAAGACGUUAGAUGUUUUUUUUUUUUUAAACCGCCUUACAAGUCCUAAUCAGGGUUACAUAAUCUGAUUAAUGGGCGCAAAAUUUAAUUUAGUUAAUAUGUUUUAAAGAAACCACUUGGUUCCUAAAUAUCUUAAAAUACGGUAGAGGGCAAUUACAAAGAGUUAGUUGCAAGGUCUUAUUUUAAAAGACUAGAAAAGAUAUGGAAAUGACGAUAGCAGAUAAAUAUGCAAAUUACAAAUAUCCUGAUGCUCUCUCAAAGUAGCGAAAAAACGAAAGGAACGUUCAAAGUGUGUACUUGAAUCUACUGAGAUUUAUUCUUGGUGGAAGUGUUGUGAUUUUCCCACACAGCAGGAAUGUUUAGAUGCAAGAUUUUCCUUUAGAUGUUUCAUAACAAAAUUUGAAGAUUGACAAAGUCUUUAAGUACGUUGUAUGGAAUCUUAAUGUCAGCUUGGCAACAUUUUUGUAGGAUUUGGUAGAGAAUUGCCAAAAUGUACUUCUACUUUGGCGUCCGUGUAUUAGACGCAAUUUUCUACCCUGUCGCAGUGGGUUUCCUAAAAAUAACUAUUCAACGUAUCAAACUUAGAACACAGCUACCUUGGACAAAUGAUCAGUCGCCACGUUUCUUAUUGAUUUGUUUUAUCUGUGUUUUUGCUCAAUUCCACAAAAGACUAAGUGCAUGAGAUGGGUCUGUCUGAUUAAUACAUAUAUAUGCAUUGCCCAUUUUUGUAGCAUGUAUCACUGUAGGGGUAACGGACCCAAAGAAGAUACCAGAUUCCAGAAUGACGGCAAGCACAGUUUACAGUUCGGGUUAUCAAGCGUACUACGGAAGGGUGAAUACAACAAGGGGAACCCGAUGGUGUCCAAAGACCACUAGUGAUAGGACAGACUAUCUUCAAGUUGAUAUGGGUGCCGUGCAUACUGUUUGUAAAGUGGCCACGCAAACGUUAAACACUGGCGAGUAUACCAAAACGUAUUACGUACGAGUUUCAGUGGAUGGAGUAACCUGGAACAACACGUACCAGGAGAACAAAGCACAAAAGGUAAACUAAAACUUAGUUUUACCUUCUUCUUCCCAUAAGCUUACGUAGAAAAAAAAAAAACGUUCCCGGUAUUUCUUCCCCUUUCAGAGGCAAGUUAGAAGAGCAAACCAUCUGGAUUUCUCACUAGGGAGCUUCGUUAACCAAGAGACCUUUCCCCUUACGUAACAUCAUUCUGUUGUCUAAGUUUGAGGCAAAACAUGAAUAGUAAUCGAAAGAGAACCAAGAAACUUGACUACUAUGAUAUCAGAGGUGUUGUUUGUAUUUACAUUGUAAUGGUGUUAUUACCCCAGACAUUUAGUCAAUGUCCUCUGGUAUGCCACAAGUGUCAUCUAAUUCACAGAAAAUUGCUUAUACAAGUUGUUUUUUUAAAAAAAAAAAAAAAAAAAAAAUCAGACGUUAACCCAGGAAACUUCUAUUGUAUACUAUUUCAAACUAAUGAGUAUAAAGCGCGUUACGUUAAUUUUCCUAAUUUGUCCUUUUCAUAUAAUAAUGAUAUUUGCAAUUGAGCGAACAGGCACUUAUAAAGUGACUUGCGCUAGUUGUUUACAUUUUGUAGUUUCAAUGCAAAAAAAGUGCUUUCUAUGGCGUUAGAAGUUCACAGAUAAGGUCUGUAAUAUAACAUUCUUAAUGCAGAUUUCGCAUUUUCGUCCUGGUUUAUUCCAUAUCUUCCUCUCAUGCAUUUUCCUGUGUUGAGCUUUAAAGUUUUAUUUCACGCUUUGUUUUUUCCGCGACCUUGAGUCAACUUAAAUUGGUAAUUAAUAAACUUUUGGCAAAAGACUAAGUAGGUUUCGCCAGUCUUUUAGUGGCUACACUGUGAAUGACUUUUUUUUUCACUUGCAGGUUUUCCAAGCAAGUACCGUUUCCAAAAGUGUCUUGCGACAGAAAAUCAGUCCAGUGGUGAAAGCGAGAUUUGUCAGAUUUUUUCCUAUUACAUAUCAUGGUUGGCCUUGUUUAACAGUUGAAAUAUAUGUCCUCACACGUAUGUUUCUUUGGUUGUAAAUAUAAACUUUUACUUCCAAUAUUUACUUUUUGAAUUAACGCUCAAAAGUGAUUUAAACUUUUGACUCAAGUACAAUAUAAAGUUUACGUAAAUUAAUACAAUGAUCAUAAUUAAUUAAACUGUGCGUAAAAAAUGCAUCAAGAAUGUGGCAUUAAGAAGAAUUUAGGUUAGAUUGUUGUGAGGUAAUUAUCACAUUUGUGUUCUUAAAUCAUAUAGAAUCUUUAAGACUUAUAACAAAACAAAAAGCCAUGUUCUCAUCUUCCUUUGAUUAGUCGUUUCUAACCUUGCUAUAUCUUUGUAACACAUUCACUGAGCUGCUGUGCCUUGCCUUUUGUCAUUUGAAAAAAUACCGCAAUUAUUGAAGAAUUAUAAUUAGUGUUCAAAUGCCGCCCUACGCCCAUUUUCUGCCUCUUUUGGUUAUAUUGCGUUGAUCGAAUUUACAUUUUAUUUUAAAACGUAAGUAAAAUAAGUUAUAAAGAUGAUAUUUUAUUUAUAUUAUUAUUUUUUAGGGUUACCUAAUAAUUUUCUCAUUUUUUUCGUUAUUAUUUUUUGUACCGAUAUCUCGCUCAAUACUGUUCAAUACUAUGGCUUUCUUUUUAAAGCUUGUGAUAGCAACCCAUGUCUCAAUGGAGGAACCUGCCAUGAAGAGGAAAGUGGCCAAGGGUACACUUGUGAAUGUAGUAGUGGCUGGAAGGGACAAAGAUGCGAAGAAGAGUCGGUUGCAGGUGUUCACUUUAUUUUGAAACGUUUGUGA